AUGAAACGUGUCCGCCCUUCGACGAGACCUCUCCCUAUUUUCCGAAAACGGGGUGUCAGUCUUUCUCCUUCCAUCUCCCCGUCGAACUCUUCCAGCAGUACCGUGUACACGUCCACGAAGUCGACAUCUCCGCAUCCCGUCCAUUCUCCCAACAAUACCAUAAUGCCGUCCGUACGGACGGCAACACGAUCCGGAACCGACACACGGCCCUCGUCUACUACUACUCCUACCACUGCUUAUUCUUCCGACCAAGGCGCUUCGGCCAGUCCCUCCAAAUGGGAAGGAAAAGGCAAGCGCCGCAGACGAUGGUGGAGAAGCAUUACCAAAAUCGGAUGGCUGCAACGCGUCGUGCCUCUCGCGGUGUUAGUGCGCUGUGGUUGGUUCUUUUUCUACCUUCAUCGACAAGUGUCGCAGUUGCCCAAAACGGCCAAUUCCAGUACCUAUCUGCCGCGCACAACCCGAUACCUUCCCUCGCACCACGAAAACAUGCGGAUUCGUAAUCGUACGUGGGGUAGGGAACAAUAUACCGGUGAUCUUGUCCAACCUUUCACGAGUGAACGAAAUGAGUUUCGUGAAAGUCGGCGUCGGGACCGUUUGGCACGAACCCGUCCCCACGCGUACGUGGUAGACUCUAAUCCCGCACAAAAGCGCUUUGCCACGGGACUUUUGGUAGACCCGUGGACUCGUGAAACGCUACACGCGCCUGCUUCGCUGGAUUCUGCAUUGCUCUGUCGGGAUGCGAGGUUGUCACCGAACAGCACUGUGGUCGUGACCAAUGUAUUGACUCAACCACUAGCGGCAGCGUGGGUAUUGUGGGUACGCAAACAGUGUAACGUAACUACCAUUGUCGGGACGGAUAGCCUAUUUCCGAAUGUACUGCGGACCAACCGGAAAUGGAUGCGAACGCUGAAACCGUUGAUGCGAUUCGUUCCCAAUUUUGAUUUUGUCCCCACGUCGGAAGGUCUACUCCAAGCGGAGAUAGAUUCAACGACAGAUAAUCUUCAGUGGUUGGAAGCUUUGGAGCCGAGUCAUAUUUUACAUUUUGAAACAACGCUUCGCUCGUUCGACCCGGCAGUCAUGUCUAUGUCGAAUUACAUUCUCCUUGCUCGUCGACAAUCGAUUGCGACCAUUCGGCAGCUCCACAAUAUGACGGCACAUUGGCAACCACAAUCGAGGCGACCAUCCGUACUACACGUCACAACAUCAUCACCACCAGAGUCUUUUAACGGUCAUACGUUUCCGUUACGCGACUGUGACGCCGCCUAUCCCAUUGAAGCAGUCGCGUAUGCGAGUUUGUACAAUAUAUCCGUCUCCUCUUUGAAACUACCGAAUCUGUAUGGUCCGCUUGUCACGGACUAUGACGACCCACUUCUUGGACCCAACAUUACUACAGCAACUGAUCAACCUUUCAUUUUUGUAGAGGACGCAGCAAUCGCCGUGACACAGGCACUGCAGUCUCGACCACAUCUUCAAUUGUUCACCGUUUCAUCGUCAAGGACCGUCCCUGGUUUGCAGUUGAAGCAGACUUUGCGAUCGUUGCCAAUCGGAGAUGACAACCAUGCUCGAGAGACUCUUACAUGGAAAGCACAUCAAGAGCAGCCUUUUUUUCAUGAUGAAGGCGCUGAAGGGGCAAGAAAAUUCUCUCGGUAUUCCUCCGAUUUUGUGAACACGUUUGGUCUAGGGCGUGAUCCAUUGCCUUGUGUCUCGCAGUGCCAAUCGCCUCUGACGGACAUUUGUGCAUCGUCUGUCUGGGACAUGAUCACUCCGAUGGCCCGCAACGCAACCGACCGUUGCUUGUACGUGGCCUACGUCGUGUCCCUAUCAAAAGAACUUGAGGAGCUCUACGAACCAGAAGAAGUACUCGACGAAAAUGCUUUGAUACUCUGCCGAGUGGCUUUUGUUUCGGGAAAAAGUCACUUAGUGCAAACCGGAGUCAAGGAGCAGAUCGCUACCAAAAACAACGGGAAUAUUCCCACCGACGACGAACUCCAAAAAUGGAACGGUAAAGUACAGUGGAACGGUUGGACCGUUCUAUGGCUGCCUGACCACGACGAAACGGCGUUGACCAACACCGACUAUUCUUUGCCGGUCAUUUCUCCGAAAAUGUUUUGGGCCAGCUCGGUUUCCAAAGCCAUCUACAUCAGUUCACACGAGUUUGCCAUGGUGAAGGAUGUUUAUCUUGUGUCAAUAGUUCGCGCUAUUGAUCGACCGGCGACUCAAGCCUACACAGUCAAAGAGUACCGCCCUGGAACAGCAAUCUUUCGCCGACUUCCCAAACCAGCUGCACCGACAAGGAGGGUUACCCUGUUUGCUGGGGAAGACGCACAAGCUCCUCAGAACGCUCUCGAGUUCAGCGAGUUGGUCGAAUCCGAUCUUCCGGCAACUCAAAUCAAGUACUAUUCUUGGACCGAACGAUUUGUUCAAUCAGCUGCUCGAAUGCCAUCCUCCGACAGUCGCUUGGCGUCUUUUCCCCAAUUUCCAUACGAGUGGUUGACAUUGACUGUGCUUGUGCAUGAUCUGAACAUGCCCGCCAGUCAAGAAGUUCGAUGCGCUUGGCUGGACGAAGUAUUGUACUGGGGCGGCAAUCGAGACUCGGAAGAGCUGGGGCUUGCGCAUUUGAUUGGCACCCGUAAAUUGUGGGGACACUUGGGCAUUUCGGGGUCAGAAGCAUCGGAUUUGGGAUGGCUUCCCUUGCUUGACCCAAAUGGGGAACAUCAACAGCACCAGUCGGCCAACGUUUACUUGCGCGUCAUGCAGCGACAAAAGACCGAGCCGAAAGCGACGGCUGUUGGACCGGAGGAUGAUGACACGUAA